CGCUGGUGUCAGACUCAGUCAUGCUGAAUUUAACUUUAACACCUUGACGACUCUGUCCUGUAAAGUCUCCGGAGUUUACGAGUUCACGGCGUCUCCUGAGUGCUUUAUGACCUUCAUGUCAGGGUUCAAAGCAGGGGCAUCUCGAAGCAGCCUGGAGGUCGGACUGCUGCUCCUCUUCAGCGGUGUUUUGGGAAUUGAGGAAUGGGAAGUGCAGAACUCCUGGACAGGAUGUGGAGUCAUUGCUGUAAUGUAGGAUACAGCCCCCCUGUACUCCAUACUGACGGAGAGCUGGCUCGAGGCUGCACGACCCCGCAUCUGGAGAAGACAGGAAACACAUUUCUGCCAUCUGGCAUCUGGAUGUAACUCGCUGUCUCUGUCUGCUUAGGUUGAGAACAAGUUUAACCCCGGUAAGUCGGUCAAAGAGUUUGUUACACCUAACCCCUUUUUUUCUCACAGCACCACUUAGUAAUGUAGCCCCACUGUUAGAAUUUAAUGGGGUGUCUUAUCGCAAAAGUUUUCUUUAAAGCUGUACGUGUUUUUCAGAGUUUAACAUUUAGCCUAAAAGAAACCAAACUGACUUGUUACAGACUUUAACUUCUUGCAGCUGCUGUAAGUUUCUAUUGUUCUGUGCACAAGUCCCGGGGGGGCUGAUGUUCACGUAAUAACAGGGCGCUCUAACCCCUAUGUUGUUUGGCUUGUCUAGACAUGCAUGGGUACUAUGACUGCUGCACACAAUUCACAAUAAAUUUCCAGUCAUUUCUCUUUUAACAGUCAUGUUUUUGGAUUAUUUAAACAGCUGGUCACUUCUUCCAUGGCCUGCUGAGUUUCCUAAAGCUCUGCUCUGUACAUAGACUCAGGUGAUGAUGACUCACAUCUGGAUCUUCCUCUCUUUCCUGCUGCUGGGGUUGAAUGUGACUGAACCACUGAGCACCCCCAAGGAAAAUGAUAAUGAAGUCCUAAAACAGACAGAGGUGGAGCUCAACAAGAGCCAGGUCAGCAAAACAGGAAAAAAACUCACAUCACUGAAGAGAUUCUGUCCUCCAGCUUUGCACAUUUGAAAGUGUUGUUUUGUUGGAUGUGAUGGAUUCAAGGAAUUAAAUGUAACUUUUGGUCCUUUGUUUGAGAAUUAGGUGACUGAAAACGCCAUCGGAAACCUGAGUGAAAUAAAGAUCAACACUCCUGCAACAAGUGAGUUCUUAUUCUCCAUAGCUUUCACUCUAACAAAGCAGUUUACCUGAAAAUAGGGCUGGGCGGUAAAACCGUAACGAUAUAUGCCGAAAAUUAAUUUCCCUCAAUAUCAAUAUAAAACAUGAUCAAUAUGCUUUUCAAUAGUCAGCAUUCUGUCAUGUUUUGGUAGACUACACUAAUAGCCAAUGAAAAGGGUAGUUUCUUCAGGUCCACUUCAUACUGAACCAGUCGUGCUGAAUUAGAACCAGGUAGCAAACAACUACGUGGUAGUAGGCUGCAGCUACACGCAGAGUCGGCCCAAAGCAAAGGCAAACUUAGCGCCUGCUUAGGGCCCCGUGGCCAGUAGGGGGCCCUCAAGAGCAUUAAAAAAAUUUAAUUUAAGUAUUUUUUUAUUUUUGCAUGUAUGAGUGAUGCUUUCUGUAUGAUCAAUUAUAUAUAAUUGUAAAAAUAAAAUAAAUUAAAAUAUUUUAGUGCUGCUGCUGAUGUAGGCUUAUGAUUCUUACUGCUGAUAUGGCAAAGCUUCACUAUCGUUACGUGCCUCCUGAUGUGCAAUGUGCACUGAGCAUCCUGAAUGUGUUACAUUUUGAGAUUAAAAACCAUAUGUGGCACCCUGAACAUCAUUUAUCAGUCAUUCAUUGGUAUUAUUUGUAUGGUUGCAUUGGUAUUAUUUAAGUUAUUACCUUGGCCACCCCCUUAAAUGUGUAAAGACAUGAGAGACGCAUUAAAUUAAUUUAUACUAUAGUAGGUGUGUGAAUGAUCAACAAUCAAUACUAUUGGCAGAAAUACAGGGACCCAUUGAGGCUUAGGCCAGCUCUGGCUACACGGAACCAUAGCACUUCAACAGUGUAACGCCUUACGACAAAACGUCAAAGAGACACAAAGACCUCACAGAUGCAGUAGCUUAUUGUAUUGCAAAAGACAUGCUACCAAUAAACACAACUAAAUUUCAUUUUUUAUAUUUUGAUGUAUAUCAAUAUCGACUGAUAUGAAAAAAAUAUUGUGAAAGUUAUUUUCCCAUAUCGCCCAGCCCUACUUGAAAAUAUAUAUAUUUUUCUUUUACAGCAGCAAUACCCUUGACCACUACAGUUUCAAGCUCCAGCCCUGCUCCCGAAUGCCGUGGUAACCAGGUGAAGCUGGAGAAUAGCACACACUGUGGUUGUCCAGCUGGAAUGAUAGAGGAUGGAGACAACUGCACCUGCCCUGUUGGCUUCACUCUGUUUGAAGCUGCAAGCUGUAAAGGUUGGAAAAGGCUUUUUGGGAAAUAUUUUCUUAAUUUCAUUUGAUGCAACAGUCUUGAGAACAGCACGACUGCUGGUCGUGACUGAAGAAAACUUAAUUUUGGUGAUUUCCCUGCUGAUUUGCAUGCAGCAACAAGUGCCACAUUAUCCUCUCUCUUCUUGGUAGAUGUUGACGAGUGUGAGAGAGAGGGGCCAGGACCAUGUGGUCCCCAUGCCAGCUGCACUAAUACCCUGGGCUCUUACAUGUGUAGCUGUCUCCGUGGUUACCUGAUGGGUGCUGGAGGAUGCCAGGGUUUGUCAAUAUCUGUGUGUGUGCGCGUGUGUGUGUGGAAAGGGGAGUUAAAGACAGAGAGGAUGCACUAUGUGUGUUAGAGCAUGUUGGAAGGAGAGUUUUGGUGAUGAUUAACUGUACCCUUCAGAUAAUUCGCAGUGUUGUCAUGAUACAUGUGUAUCUUUGGGUUUUCAAGAUAUAGACGAGUGUGCUCUGGCUGCAGUGACGGGCCUGCAGGCCUGUCAAGGGGAUGCAGAGUGCACAAACACGCCUGGCUCCUUCACAUGUUCCUGUCCUCGUGGAUAUGUAAUGGCACUUAAUGGACAAAGCUGUGUGGGUGAGGCUAAUGUUGACAUCUGGUGUGUGUGACUAUAUACAUACAGGAAGACAAUGUUUUCAGAGGCAUGCACUAAAAUGUUGAUGCGAGGUGUAAAUGAUGACACAAUGUAUAAAACACUGUAAAUGUCUAAAAUGAACCCUCAUACAAAACCAACUCAGAAAAACAAAGACAUGUGAAGUACCAAAAAUGCAAUUUCAAUGGUAGCACUGCUGUACCAUGUUUUUAGAGCUGUCAAAUAAAAGCUUCCUAUCUGUGGUUUCUGCUCUCUUCAGAUGUAGAUGAGUGCAGCUUCGAGGAGCAGUGCCGUCGUGAGCUGGGAAAUGUGUGUGUCAACACCCCCGGUAGUUUUGUGUGUCAGUGCCAGCCAGGCUUUAGAGCAGAGGCUCCCGCCUGUGUUGGUAAGUUCGUCUUUAAGCUUCCAAAACAGCGGGAUAACACUGAUGCCCGGAUUUGAUCUGCUGUUGUGGGUUUCUAAUAUUUUGCUUGAGUUGCUCCAGAUUUACGACUCUUGUUGACAGAGAGGAAGUCUCUGUAGGAGUUAGGGCUUAAAUCUGCUGCUUUGCUGGCUGGCUGCCUGCUUUGUUGCUCGUUGUUUUUGUCCCAAAGCCCUUAUCUCUACUUUGUAGUCUGUCACGUAGUGACUUAUUUCCAUCCUUGUUCUCUUGGUGUACUGUUUGCUUUCUUUUAACAUCUCCAUUUUCUUUUAUGUGUGACUUUUCUGCACUUUGGGUCUCAGGUCCUGUGUGUCCAGACUACACUGUUUGUCAAGGUAUGGUUUGCUUUCCAUGCUAAACACAUUCUGUGUGCUUCUAAAUGUCACAAGAAGAAUCAAAUAAGCAAAAUCUGAAGUAUUUACAAUAGGUGAUAGUUUCUUAGAAUAAAGCGUUAUUUCUAUCCAUAUUUAGUUUUCGAGGGACAUAAGUAUGCUCCAUAAGAUCUUGAUUAGGGUUGGGUAAUAUUCUGUGAAACUGAACCUUUUACUCUGUUGCUUGCUGCCAAAUAGGCAUCUGUUUGAGGCAAAAAGCUGUUUUAUUUCAAAGCAACAACUUAGCUUUAAAAAAUGAUAUUCCUUCUGUUUUCAAUUUUUCUUUUUCUGUCCCUUAUCCCUGUCCCAGAUGUAGAUGAAUGUGCAGAGAGUCCUUCAGUGUGUGAUGGCAAGGGUGUGUGUGAGAAUACACUAGGGAGCUACAAGUGUGUUUGCCAACCAGGUUACCGGGGAAACGGCACACACUGCGAAGGUAAGCAAUUAGCGCUGACGUCCCUCAAUGAAAAACUCUGUUUCAGUUAGAUGAGGCCAGCUACUUUGUGUGUGCAGGUUUAAACGCUUCUUGUUUUGUAUCCCUAAAAAUGAUCCAGAUUGGCAGAACAAUGUUUAUUAAAUGAAAACAAGUUUUUCAAAGUUUUCUCUCUUUUCACAGAUGAGAAUGAGUGUGCGUCAGGUGGUCACGGGUGUGACACAAAUGCACGGUGUGGCAACAUCAUCGGCUCAUAUUUCUGCCAAUGCUACCACGGCUUCAAUGGAGAUGGACACUCUUGUUUUGGUUGGUUAACAAUGUGUUCAUGAGUGUAUGUUUUCCAAAUGUGUGUGUUUCUAAUAGAACUCAGUGUUUGUGAGUGUGUGUCAGCGGUACUUGAGUCACUCCAACAACACCAGCAUGUGCCAGCGACACUUGGACACACAUCACUUACCAAACACCGGUCUCUUGGGAUUCCCCUUGUUUACAGAUAUUGAUGAGUGUGCUGUAAACAACGGCCACUGUGAACACAACUGCUCCAAUGAACUGGGAGGGUACAGCUGCCAGUGUGGCUCAGGCUACAAGCUGGACCAGGACAGACACAACUGCUCAGGUAACACCCAGGAGGGGGCGAGUAAUGAAUCAAUGAAUCAAUGAAUGAAUGAAUGAACACUUUUUGCCAACAUGAGUAGAACCUACGAAGUGUUAGAGACCACUUUGUGUGGCAUAUUUAUGUGAUGAAAUGAAUUGUUCACAUUGAAAAGCAGCUGGUUAAAGUCUUUUAUUUUGAAAUAAACAGCUGGGAGUGUUUCUCAGAAACUUGAGAAAUAUUCUUAUUAGCCUAUCUGCUACAAGUUUGCACACCUCCACUUAAACAACUCCCAACAUGACAGCAUGUAUUAUUUUUUUAAGCAUAUUUUCUUAUAAUUCUGGUCCUUUAUGCUUUUAUAAUUAUGAGCUUUGAUUAGAAGUUACCACAGUGUAUUUUUUCCAGUUCCAGUUUAAGGCCUCAAAGCCAAAGAAACACACAACAAUUAUUUACAGUCAUUUAUAUUAUCUUCUAAUAUAAUAAGAGUCUGUUGGAAAAAAAUCAACAGAGUAUACAAAUAGCAUUUUAUAAGGCACCCAGUGUUGUCUUUGCUGUUGUUUCAUGCAUAACAAUGAAAUUAAAGCCACAAUUGGUAAACUCAAACAGUAUAGAGCAGAAAUCAGACUCUAAUGUUUGUGAUUCCAUCUGUUGAAAUCCAGAAUGUGCAACAAGAGGGAAGAGAUUUUAGUCAUCCUUCUGCCAAUAGAGGGCAUGAAAGCCCCAUAACAUCCCAUAACACCAGUGUCAGAUUUUGUUGCUGGAUUCAAACCAGUCCCCUGCCAAACACACUUUCUAUGUUGCAAAUCCACCACAACCAGUCCCCUAAACUUGUCGGAUCAAGUGUCAGAACAAUGCUGUUACUGCCUGGCUGAAGGCAGAUAACAAGAAGGGAGGCAACACACAACAAUAACCCUUAACAAAGAUAUUUGAUCGAACAAAAAUGAUCAUCAAUCUGUAUACGGCAUCAGGAUUAAGAUCAGUAGUGUCAGCAAGUGUUGGAUGUGUGAGCAUGUGUUUGGUGGAUGUUGUAAGAUGGACAAACCCAAAAUGGUGGUGGCUGGUGUGGUAGAUGUAGGCCCUGCUGUGAGAGAGAGCUAAAGCUUUUUCAGCCAGGCCUUUUAUGCUUUCUGGCCCUGCCCUGUUGGGCAGGUAACUCAGCCCCUUCCAGCUCCACCCUCCACCAUCUCCCUGAGGCUGCAACACAGAGCAGAAUCAGACACAUGCAAGGGGAGAAAGCAGAAGAGGAGCGGGAGGGGUUGUCACAAUGUGCAUAUGGUGUUUGAUUUGAGUUUAAAUAAGCUUUUACACAGAGACAUGUUUGGCCAUUAGUUAACGAAUUGUCCCUGAUCCUUCAGAUGUGGAUGAGUGCCUGGUACAAAAUGGGACCUGUGAGCACAUUUGCAUCAACACUCAGGGUUCGUUCCGGUGCUCCUGCAGGCCUGGAUACCAGCUGCACAUCGAUGGUCACACCUGUGUGGGUCAGUCACCCAGCAACACACUUCUACUUUACCACUCUUUGCUGCUGUACGCCAACUCAUUCCAGUCAUUUAAGCGAGCUAAUUUAUCAUGCAGUAGAGAAUAGACCUGCCAAGAAUGUUUUACUUCACUUCCUCAUAGCGGUCGUGCUUGUUUGCAGAAGUGCAUACAGACGCUCUUAGCAGAUGUUUUGAGGAUGGAGAAGUCUAACCCAAAUUCAACAUUAGGUUUUGUGUGUUUAUAUAUGUGUCCGUGUGUGUGUGUGAACGCAGAUAUUGAUGAAUGUAAACUCCAGAACGGUGGUUGCUCUCACACCUGCAGCAACUCUCCAGGAGGACACACCUGCCACUGCCCUCCUCCUCUGCUGCUUGACACAGACAACCUCACCUGCAGUAGUAUGUUUUAUUUUUCAGUUUUUACAAACUAUCACAUCAGACAAACGGUUUUCACAGUUUAGGAUGGAGGCUGCAACAGAUGUCUGUGAAACCUUUUUGUUCUUCAUUGUUUAAAUUUGUAAAUGUUUGAGGUUUUAAAUGUUUUUCCUUUUUUUUUUUCUUUUUAAUUUCACCUGAAAAGAUGUAACAUCCUGCAGCCUUAGAAAUGGAGGUUGUGAGCAUGUAUGUACGUUGCAAGCUGAAGGACAGGUCCAGUGUAGCUGUCGAACAGGCUGGAAGUUGGGUGAAGACCAGAGGAGCUGCUUAGGUGAGACUAAAUAAUCCUUUGAUAUAAAUAUAAGAGUUAUGAAGAGCUGAACAUGUUAACUUAGGCUGAGGUGUGUUUAAAAAAUAUAGUGACACUGGGGAAAAGAACAGCCAAAGUUUUCAGCUGACAGCUGAGUACUCUAGCGGUUCAUGGACAAAAAACUGUUGCCUGUACAAAUAACCAAGUUUAUCUGCCUGUCACUCAGCCUAAUGAGAAAAUUAACAGACAGUCUGGAUCUUUUUCAGAUUUUUGGGGUAUGUUGAAUAUUUAAUUGUCCAACUGGUGACUGUAGUGACUAUCCUCCUGGUUUUGUUUUUCGUUUUUCACAAGAUGUGAAUGAGUGUGGGGACUUCACAAAUGGUGGCUGUGAGCAGCUCUGUAUGAACCACCCGGGUGGAUUUAACUGCACCUGCAGGGAUGGUUAUCAAGUACGAAUGGAUGACCUCACCAAGUGCCAGCGUAAGUAUAACAUCAAACAUGAUACACUUCAGAGAUUUUUUUACUUUACUGGAAAUGCAACUUUGAUUUCAAUUGUGUUAUUGUUAUUCUUAUGUCCCUUUGUGUCUGCCCAGCUGUGUGUGACCCUCCCUGUCAAAACUACGGAGUGUGUGUGGCCCCAAACAGCUGUGACUGUCCUCCUGGUUACCCUGGACUGGGCUGCUCAGGUACACAUGGAUCACAUGAGUUCAGUUUUUAUCACCACAGCUACUUAACAUUCACUGGAUGCUCUAAAAAGGCAAAGAGGUAACGUUUAUAUCAAUGGUGUGCUUUUCCACUGCAGUGAUGUGCCAUAAUCACAUAAUUGAAGACAUGAAAUUUUGAAAAUUGAGAUGAAACAAGUCGUUAAGGAAACUCCAGUUUCAGUUAGUGGUUUCAGGUUUUUUAUUUGGUGUCAAUGGGACAAUCUGCUGCUCAUGAACAUUCUACAUAUUACUUAUUUUAUUUGAAUAUAAAAUAAAAUGAAGGUGCAAAUGUUGUCUUCAUAGUCUGAUGUGAUUGUAAUGUUCAGGAUUAUGUUCCUAUUAUGAACACAUUUGCUCUUGAUGAUAUGCUGAAUGCUGUGUAAAUGAUAAUAUUGAGCAUUAUAGUGACAAAUGGAUUUACGUAAAUGUUGGAUGUGUGUUUUUAGCAAUGUGCUCCCCACCCUGUGCCCACGGAGGAACCUGUAUGCGCUGGAACGAGUGUCUGUGUCCUCAUGGCUGGAGUGGAGCAGGCUGCCACACAGGUAUUCCUGACAUAGACAUAAACGAAGAAUGCCCCAUAUCUGUGCAAGCGACACUGAAGAGACACUGAAAGACUUUGUUUUAAAAACCAGAUUAAUCUCAUGUGUUUAGAAAUUUCCUCUCAUUUUUAACCAGUUCCAAAGUUAUUCAUCCAGUUUGCUUCAUGUUUGUUUCUCUGUGUCUUGCUCAGCUGUGUGUGAGCUUCCCUGUGCUAACAGUGGGCGCUGUGUGGGGCCGAAUACCUGCCAGUGUCCCUCUGACUAUAACGGCCCACAGUGUCUUUUGCGUGAGUAACAACCUCCAACACAUCUGGCAUUAGUUACACCAGGCAUGCAGGUGGGGUGGCGAGUAAUUUCUACCUCCUGGUCCUAUUGCUUUUAAGGGGCACUGCCUCGUAAAAUAUGGGUUUUAUUGUACAAACAAACAAAAGGUUAGCUGGCUAAACUAAAAACAUGCUGUUCAGUUUACCUCCAUGCCUGUACCGUCAUAGACAUACCUUUGUUGAUGUGUGUGUGUGUGUCUUUUUGCAGCCCUGUGCACUCCUGCUUGUCAAAAUGGGGGGCGAUGUGUAGAUGUCAACAAGUGCACAUGUGUUGGUGGAUGGCAGGGCGCUCGUUGCCAGAUAGGUAAGAUUACACAUGCGGUAUUAUAAGUUAGCCAUUGUAACGUGACUGUAUUUAUGGAACUCAUGUAACUCUCAAUUCAAACAGUUCAUGAACCUCUAAUUUCACAGUGUUAGACAAUUUUCUAGACUGCUGUUUUUGUCUCAACUGAGUGACACAAACAUUUAGAUGUGUAUGAUUCCCACGUCAUCAGUCUCCUUAAACCCUAAAAGUGGAACAGCAUAGAGGAGGAAAUCUGUGUUCAUUUUACCUAACAUGAGCUGUUUAAAACAUAAAAGUACCCUAAAAAACAGGUUGUUGAUGUUUACAAAGCAAACACAGUUUGGUACAAUCCAGUCCAGAUCGUCCUCUGCUUCAGGUCACUGUUUGAGCCAACUAUUGACUGAUAUCCCAGUUUGAUUGGGUUCUCUUCAGUGUGAAUUUCUACGUAAUUUAAUGUUUUAUUUUGUUUUAGACAACAAGUGUAUCAAGUUUUAAUACUGUUAAAUCAAUUCUCCUUUAUAACUCUAUACCCAGAAAAAACAGCCCCUGUCAGAGAUGCUAUAUGUUCAGCAGUUGUCCGUUUAUCCCUCUUUAUCCCCUCCCUCAAUGUUUCCUUGAAUAACAAGUGACAGCAUUACGUUUCGAAGGGGAAAUUCUAGUUUAUUUUCUUGUUUCCUACAGAGCCUGUUCAUUGUCAGAAACCUUGUAAGAACAGGGGAGUUUGUGUGGGCCUCAACAGGUGCCAGUGUGCCAAAGGAUUCACAGGAAGUCUAUGUGAAACAGGUUGGUUGGUCUCUUUGUUUGUGCCGGUAAUGACAUUGAAGUCCUUUAACUUUUAUAAUAAGACGCUUACUGUUUGCUAUGUCUGCAGCUGUGACCACCCCCUGUGUACCACCCUGCCAACACGGGGCCACCUGUAGUCCUCAUAACACCUGUACCUGUCCUGAGGGCACUGCAGGCCUGCGCUGUGAAAAACUGUACGUAUAAACAAUCAUGAGGCAUUAACAACUACAGCUGCUUUAAGGAUUAUAACACUUUUAAUUUAAUCCACAAAGUGCUUUUUGUCAAGUCUUCUCUAUCUCUACUGAAGCCAUGCAUCAAAUCCUCUUUUUCUAGCUGGGCUGAUUGUUAUGAUAAAAGGCAAAAAGGGCCAAUUGUGACUUUUUCACCAAAAUGACAAGUGAUCAGACCUCAAGAAUCAACAUAAAAACCUUGUCAAGAGCAUACCCUGAUGAACUGAUUUUUGCCUUCUUUAAAUGAACAGCAGAUAUACAAAGUGAGUGACACAUUUGACUAUAAGAUAUUUUUUGGUAAGUAAUACUACUUUUGCAUGUACAGGACAAGAUCAGCAAAGCUACAGAGUGUACAUCUUUCCCCACAGGGGCCAAGUUCCCCACGGCAGCUUUCAGGAUCCAGUUCACAGUUGUCAUGUAGUUCAAGGAGCACUGUUGUGUGUAUUUCCUUUGUAGGACCUGCCCUGUGGUCACCACUGUGGUCAGUAUGGCUCGAGCAGUAAGAAAGGCAUUUAGGGAGAGUUAUGUUGACCGGUGUGGACCCCUUGGAGUUCAGCUUUGCACCAAGUACAGGUAAACUGUUUUGUUGUUUUGCUCUCUUUUUAUUGAUUAUGGCGCUCAAGAUGGAAAUACAGCAGACAGAUUUUUCGAUAGACAUAUCUUUAGAAAGUUAUUCAAAUUUGAUGUAUAUCAUUAUGAAAAAAGCUAACUUGAUUUGUGACUCAUAGUUUAUGUGACAUAAGUAUUUCUGCUUCCAGAAUGAACCAGGCACGUGUGUACCUUCAGGCCUACAGGGUGGGCUAUAAAAUCCAGUGUCCACAGAAGAAGGGAAGGUGAACAUUGUGCUUCCUGCCACAAGACAACCAGCACCCCUUUGGGUGACAUUUUUUGGCAUGGCACACAGACUGUAAACUAAAGCAAGUCUUUACAUGCAUUCUCUGUACAGUCUCUGUACAUUCAAACUCAGUUGUAACUCCUCUCCAAUCAAUUCCACCCUUUGACAAACCUGUGUACUAUGCUUUGAACGUUUCGUAACACUUACCUCAACAUCAGUUACUGAAUAAAAUGCAUUCAACUUUAUAAAUCAGAUAUCUAUAGUUGGGGAAAUGUAUAAUUUCAUACUUUGUCAUUGCUUUUUAUGGCAGCUAACGUUUUUUUAUUGUCCUUUAACAAAAUCAUGUCAUAUUGUGGCUUUUUUUUAAAAGUCAUUGAUCUUUUGUGAGCAAUUGUCUGAUAACCAUGGCCCGUAUGCACGUUGAAAGCGUUUAGCGUAAACGCGAUUAGGGCUUAAACGCGUUUAGUUAUACGGGCCUUAAACGCGUUUAGUUCCUAUACGAUUUUGGUAUGCACAAUGCUGUAAACGGAACCGUAUAGCUAACCGCGUUUACUGUGUCGUAAACGGUAAAGAUAUUUAUAGAAUUGGGUCAACCGGUCUGUUUUAAGUGUUGUGUACUUUCGGUUGAGGACGGCAGUUUUCAACCAUGGAUAAGCCGUAGAAAUCUAAACUUACGGAACACUUCGUGGUCGUCAUACAUGUCGAAGGGGUGUUUUCUGUCACGAAAAAUCCUGUUUCGACGCAAUUGUCGCCGCUGUCUUCCUUGGAACAACAAGAGUGCCGCCAUAUUUAAACGCGUUUAGACCCGCUAUUGGACCCCCAGAGGUGUGAUAACUUUAAACACGAAAAUCUGUAUAGGAACAGCUAUACGAAGUGACGUGCAUACCGACAUUUUUUGGCGUUUAGGAGUUUAGCCCGCUAAACGCGUUUUGCCAAGCGGCGUGCAUACGGCUCCAUAUCUACACGUUUAAGGUCAUUUAAUUCAUGCUUAAAAGAGUACUCUGUGGAAUAGACCCAAUAAAGAUAAACUGUCACACUAACUCACAUUAGAAAUGACAGAACUGGACUAUUUGUAAAAGUGUACCAUGUCACCACACAACUCAAUUUUCACAUGUUCACUUUGUCAUAUUUAGUUUGUACUGAAAUUCACUGAUGUGUACCAUGUUACUUAGCACACAGGGGUGUAGACUGCUUUACUGUAAACUUUGAAUAUGAGCAGAUACCUGAAGGUGUGGAACAUUAGGCUUACAGUAGGUAUGAAAGACUUCAUCCCUUACUCGACAUUGUUGUACAGCUCCUCUUGUGUUGCGCAACAUUAUAGUGCAUCAAGCUUUACGUAGCCUGUGGUCUGCCACGGGGAAGAUUGUUGUUCAUUCUAAUGCAGACACCAAUGGUUAUUUUCCUCCUCUGUUAAUCCAGUAAAGAUGGAGCAGCAGAGUUUGUAUAAACAGAGCUGUCAUUCAUGAUACUUAGCAUUGACUGACUUUCAAAGCUAAUUAGCUUUGCUCAGAUAACUACUUGUUUAUGUGAGCUAUUGUGUCAACAAAAGCCUUCCAAUCUAAACACCGUCUUUCCACUCUCAUUUUUGUCUGUUUUGCUUUUUAAGAAGAUUUGUGGAAGCUUCAUAAUUUCUUAAAUGUUUACAGGCAGUAGGGUAUGAGCUGGUGUGGUUAGCAGUGCCGUUAUUGGCAAGCAUGAAUAAAGGUGAGUUAAGUUGCAGAAA